AUGCGUCAAUAUUAUUCAUUGAUGUAUCAUCAUCUUAUAUCAAUUCUACUCAUUAUCAUUAUAGAUCAAAUAAAUGACGUUCAUGCAAAUCAGAUAAAUUUAAAACAAUCAUAUUGUCGAGAUUUACGUGAUUGUCAAACGUAUUUUCCAUGUGCAGUUUUUUCCAGUGGUUUCAGUUAUUUAUAUGUUAUUAAACGUUGUCCAAAUGAACAAAUUUUUGAUGAAUCGAAACAAAAAUGUAUUAAAAAUACAUUUAUUGAUCCUACAUGUUCAAAAAAAUCUCGAUUAACAACAAUACGUCCUUCUAAAAUUAAACAACCAAAACGAAAUAAUAAUAAUACUGCACGAAAAAAUGGAAAACUUCCAAUACAUUCAUCAUCGUCAAAUCUUUUGACAAGAAAAAAUGUUAAUAUCAAUGAAAUAGAAGAACCAGAUGAACCAUCCGUACAAAUUCAUGAUAAUACGAAAAUUCAACGUGUAUGUUAUAUUACAAAUUGGUCUCGAUAUCGACCAGAUAAAGCGAAAUUUGAAAUUGAAUAUAUUGAUCCAUUUAUGUGUACACAUAUUAUUUAUGCAUAUGCAACUGUUGAUGAUAAUAAACCAGAAAUUAUACCAAUACAAAAAGAAGAUAUUGAAAAUUAUCGAGAACUUGCUUUAUUAAAAAAAACAAAUCCAGAUUUAAAAAUAUCGAUUCGAUUAGGUGGAAAAAGUGCACAAUAUACACGAUAUCUUAGACGAUCAAAAUCAGCUACACAAUUAGUUCGAAGUCUUAUUUGGUUUAUGCAAUCCUAUGGAUUUGAUGGAGUUGAUAUUGCUUUUGAAUUUCCUGAUGAAGACGUUCCAGAUGAUAAAUUAGCAUUAACGACAUUAUUUGAAGAAAUUACAAAACAAAAACGAUUAAUGUCAAAUACAAUUAUUACAUUAACAGCAGCACCAUUUAUUGAUCAUCUUCCAAAAGUAUAUGAUGUUCAUAAAUUUGAAAAAUUAAUUAAUUAUGUCAAUUUGAUGACAUUUGAUUUUUAUGGUCCAUGGGAUGAAAAAACAGGAGUAUUUGCUCCAUUGUAUCAUCAAUCAUAUCAAGUAGAAUCCGAAUCACUUCGUAAUGUGGAUGGACUUGUUAAAUUAUGGUUAAGUCUUGGUGUACCAAGAGAAAAAAUUCUUAUUGGUAUACCAGCUUAUGGUCGUUCAUUUACAUUAGCUAGUGCACAAAAAGGUCUUCAUGCACCAGUUACUGGUGCAGGUUAUCCUGGUCGAUAUACGAAAACUCGAGGUUUUCUUUCUUAUUACGAAAUAUGCGAAAAAGACCGAUCGAAAAGUUGGCAAAAAGUUUGGUUAGAUGCUGAGAAAGCUUGGUAUAUGACUAGUGGUGAUCAAUGGAUUACAUAUGAAGAUAUUGAUUCAGCAACUAUGAAAGCUCAAUAUGCAAAAGGUGAACAAUUAGCGGGUGUAUUUAUAUGGAGUAUUGAUAAUGAUGAAUUUUCCGGUUUCUUCUGUAAUACAGAACCAUUUCCACUUACUCGACAAGUUUUUGCUACUCUCAAUCUUCCAGUUCCAGUUACAAGUGCACCAGCAAUUGCUCUUCAAUCACGUUUACCACCUGUUGCACCUGUUCAUUUUGUUAAUGUUCAAUCGCAACCAUCUCCUUCAUCUUCAAUAUUACCUUUAAAUUUACAAAAAUUAUUAAAUGCUCUUGGUAUUCUAUCAGGUACAACUCGUUACACACCUCUCAUAGAAGCUACACCACCACCUCCACCACCUCCAGUAGCACAUCAAACAUAUAAUGCUGAAUAUAUAUGUAGUCAUUAUCGAACUGGUCGUAAUGGAAUUCAUCGUGAUCGUACAAAUUGUUCAAUAUUUUAUUAUUGUGAAGGUGAUGAUUUAAAUUCUCUACGUUAUCAUAUAUUUUUUUGUCCACCUGGACUUGAAUUUUCAAUGGAUGGUUGUACAUGUGAUUGGCCAACAGGUCAUUCAUGUCAAACAGGUGGUGAUACAUUUUGUAUUUCACAUACUAUUACUACAACAACAACAACAACGACGAUAGCACCCUAUUUUUCUCAAUUAGCAAGAAACCCAUUGAGUAAUUUAGGUGAAUUAUUAGGUAUAUCAGGUGGUACAACAUCAAUAUUUGAUUGUGCCGGUCGACGAUCUGGUCUCUAUCGAGAUAUGUAUGAUUGUACAAAAUUCUAUUUUUGUACAACAAAUGAUCAAACAUCUGAUGGUACACUAUUACGUUAUGAUUUCAUGUGUCCAGCAAAUUAUGUAUUUAGUAUGUUAACAUGUCGAUGUGAAUUAGGACAAAAUCAUGCAUGUCGUACAAUUGCAAAAACUGAUUGUCUUCUUUUGUGA